ACGAUACCUACGAGAUCCUAUUGUGCAAGAAGGACUCUCAAGGACGGCCUUCGAUUUCCCUCUCAAGAAGAUAUAAACGUUCGCCAUUGAUACUGACUACCUCAGUUCAUCGUCGAGCUACCACGAUGAACCCCGAUCUCUCCUACUCGCUUGUCAACGUUCCUAGUCGAACUCCUGGAACCUAUCUCGACGUAGCCUGCUGGAAACCUAAUAUCCCAGGGCCUUUCCCGGUUAUUAUCGCGGGGCACGGAAUGACACUCACGAAAGAUGCGGGACUUAAAGCGUUCGCACAGCGAUGGGCAACUAACGCUGGUUUUGCCUCUUUACUCAUGGAUUACCGCGGUUUUGGCUCAUCCGGCGGAGAACCUCGUAACCUGGUCUCACUGAAAAAUCAAACCGAAGACUUUCUCUCCGUCGUCGAGUGGGUCAAAGCCAACUCCGACCAAUUCAGAGUGGACAAGAUCGUGGUGAUGGGCAGUGCGAUGAGCGGCCUCAACGUAGCCGAGCUCGUCGUUAGAUGCAAAGAUCUCGCAGGCGGAAUGGCUCACUGUCCGUUGCUUGACGGUUAUGCUACACUCAUGUCUCUGGACCCCAAUCCUAGGCUCUUGUUCUGGGCUGCGGUUGAUUGUGCGAAGUCUUGGCUCGGUCUCGCACCUCUCUAUGUUCCCGCGGUCGGUAAACCUGGUGAAUUCGCCUUCAUCAACUCCCCCACGUCAUAUACAGGCUUUACGAAGAUGUACGAGAAAGGGGAUAGGCCAUUUUCUGAGAUGCCUAACGUCUUAGCUGCACGUUUGGCUUUUGAGGUCUUCUCCGCGCGUCCAGGUCUCAUGCUCAAGAACGCAAAGUCUCCGAUGUUGAUAGUCAUGGCAGAGGAAGACGACAUGAUCCCUGUAGCGAUCACUCGAGACGUGGUCGCGAAGUCCUGCGGAAAAGUUGAAUUUGUAGCUGCACCCGGAGGUCACUACGAUGUGAUGGAAGGCGGCAAGGGUUUUGAAACGAACAUCAGUGCGCAGGUCGAUUUUCUGCGCAGAUUACUGUAAAGAACCAGGGCGGGUAUGAAUAUUCCAUUCCUACUCUCCCGUGUGCGUGUAGCAAGGCAGUGCCAGAUGCGUUUUUAUUUUGUUGUCCUGAUGGGGCUUGUCGGGGUGUGCGUGGAAGGUGAUAACCUGAACUUCUACUAAUAAAACAUGGUUUGG